AUGUGGGGCACCAAUCCAUCAAUCCACCAAGCUCCAUCCAUCCAGCACCCAUAUCUCGAAGUAGAGCUCCUGCCCCCUCCCCCCCGACCCGACCCGACCUCCCCGAAGAGCCAGCCCAUCGUUCUUCCCCCCUCCACCACCAACAAAACCACAAUAAUGCCACCCCCCCACCUCCACCCCCGCUCCCGCUCAACAUCAACCCUCUUCGCAACCACCCUCCUCGCCUCCUUCUUCGUCGUCGCCCUCCCCCACAUCCUCCCCUGUCCAGCACCCCGACGAACUCUCGCCGACGGGGAGCUCGAUCCCAACGCCACCACGAGAAGAAAAAAACAAAUCGUGGGGGAGGACGGGGUGGCUAGAUUCAACAAUGCAAUCGCCACCACGCCAGAGGAGCUCCAAAAGCUAAGAAUGGAGAGGCAGAGGGAACGAAAGGCGGAGAGGGAGUGUCCGGUUCCGAAACCGGGGGGGAUAUUGGGGGAGUGGUUGGGGUUUCACAAGGAAGAGGAGAAGACAGUCGAGAAGGCUGAACCGAGGAGGGAGGGGAGGUGAUGGCUUGACAAAGAUGAGAUGGGGCGACGGACAUACAGGAAGGAGGCAAUAACAACAACAACAACAACAACAAUAACAAGGGGUGGGGGAUAAUAAAACAAAGGGAAAUACCACGAAGUUUGGUUGGGGGUUGUACAUACGGGACAGGCUUCGGAAGCAGGGAACAGUUGGGCCAGCCCGAUGGCAAGAAGUGGAAGAUGAAUGCGGACUGAUAGAUGGAUAAUACCCUCAGGCGAAAACAACGGCAGUGGGACAGAAGCUGCAAGGAGACAUAAAUCGAAAUAAAUGGAAUUGAGAAGCCAAAAAAAGUACGCUGCUGAUUGGAGUGGUGCACAAGCCUACCUAUACAAUCUUCCUCGACGCCUACCUAUAAAAAGCUUGAAAAGGGUGCUGAAGCAUAAAAAUAAACAUGUUGUGAUAAACAUGUGACGAGACUUUCAAGACUUAGACCAGCUC